CUCACUCUCUCUCUCUCCAGCUCGUAGUUUCAGACGCGAAUCUUCGAAUUCCAUGUGAGCAACCCAUGUGGUGAAAGCAUUCAGCUUUACUGCCUCGCCGGCGAUGCCUCUCACACAAAUCUAGCUUCCGUUGCUAUCGGAGAACCCAAAUAUUCCCACUUUCUUUGUUCAAUCCUGCAAAUCUCCAUCGUUCUCUCUCGCCCACAAGCUAGAUUUCGCCAACAUGUCUUUAACUUGCGGGGUCGAAUGCGUCUUCAUACUUGGCUUUAGUCGCUGGAUAUGGAAGCGCUGCACCUAUGUUGGUUCUUACGACAGCGCCACCUGGCCUUCCGCCACCCCUGAUGAGUUUGAACCUGUCCCUCGCGCCUGCCGAUUGAUCCUCGCCAUCUACGAGCCUGAUCUCCACAAUCCACGUUACCAACCUGCCGGUGGGUUCCGUCUUAACCCCGCUUGGGUCGUCAAGCGCGUCUCCUACGAGGAGACGGGGGGCCGCACGCCGCCUUAUCUCAUUUACACUGAUCACGACCACCGCGAGAUUGUGCUAGCCGUUCGGGGACUUAAUCUUGCCAUGGGGAGCGAUUACAAGCUGCUUUUGGAUAAUCGAUUGGGUCAGGAGAUGUUCGAUGGUGGCUAUGUCCAUCACGGUCUGUUGAAUUCUGCUAUUUGGUUGCUCAAAAAGGAAUCGGAGACUUUGAAGCAGUUGUGGAUUGACAGUGGGUCCGAUUAUAAAAUGGUAUUUGCUGGGCAUUCUUUGGGUUCUGGUGUGGUUUCGUUGUUGACGAUAAUGGUUGUCAAAGAAAGGGACCGACUUGGAGGGAUUCCCAGGAACAAGAUUCAAUGUUUCGCGAUUGCACCUGCGAGGUGCAUGUCACUGAAUUUGGCGGUCAAAUACGCGGACGUCAUUCAUUCUAUAGUGUUGCAGGACGAUUUCUUACCCAGAACCGCAACGCCAUUGGAAGAUAUAUUCAAGUCAAUCUUCUGCUUGCCCUGCUUAUUAUUCUUGGUUUGCUUGAGGGACACCUUCAUACCAGAAGGAAGAAAGCUUAGAGAUCCAAGAAGACUUUAUGCACCUGGACGAAUGUACCAUAUCGUGGAAAGAAAAUUUUGCAGAUGUGGGAGGUUCCCUCCAGAAGUGAGGACUGCUAUUCCAGUUGAUGGGAGAUUUGAGCAUAUUGUCUUGUCUUGUAAUGCAACAUCAGACCAUGGAAUUAUUUGGAUUGAAAGAGAAGCAGAGAAGGCCUUAAAUAUGAUGAAAGGCAGCAGCCAAGAGACCGUGAUGGCUCCUCCAGCAGUGCAGAAAAUGCAGAGGUUGCAGACAAUUGAGAAAGAGCACAAGGAUGCUUUGGAAAGAGCUGUUAGCUUAAAUGUGCCUCAUGCAGUGGAAGCUGCAGAGGAUGAAGCCUCUGAGAGGAAGGAAGAAGAAGAGGGAGAACCUUCCAACAUUGAUAAGAGCAAAGAUGGAACAACUAGCAAAUCCGAAUCAAGUGCUGGAAAGCUGAAUUGGGAUGAAGUUGUUGAAAAACUUUUAAAUAAGAAUGAAUCAGGAGACCUGCGCCUCAAAGGGGAUACAAGUACAACAGAUUCAAGUGUCCCAAAAUGACAUCUGUUGUUAUGUCAGAUCUUUAGGUUAAAUAUAUUUUAGAUCACUCUUAUUGUUCUUGUCAUUAUCAUCAUUGCUUCAUUGUACAUUUAUUAUGUAAAAAGAUGAGUGUAAGGCGUCAAAAUGUGUUGGUCCUGAAUUUUUUUGUACUUGAUGUUCAUUUAUGAACUAUGUACUAUUCCUUUUUUAAAAGAAAUGGAAAGCAUUCGCAUUUAAUUUUUUCUC